GUCGCCACCAAUCAAUUCCCUCGCCACCCGGCACACUCGACAUCUUCAUCAUUUCCCGCUUUCCGCAUUGAAUUUUAUGUGAUUCCAAUCACCACUCACCGCCCAGGAUGAAUCAAGCCGUCGUGGAGCAUCUGGAAAAACAGAUGCAUCAAACCGACGCACGAAUGGAUGAACUCGCCCUGCAAGUGGGCGACAUCCAAAAAAACAUGACCAUCGACGAGAACGGCGACGUUGAAGUCGGCCAACUACUCCAAUCAGUGAGUGAAGUGCGCAGCAACUAUCAAAACCUCCGCAAAGAAAUCUCCGAAGUACAAGACCUGCAACGUCAACUCAGCAGCUCACUCCAGCUACAAAUCCGCGUAAUGCAGAGUAAAUUCGCGCAUCUCAAGGAAAAGAUCCAAUCACAAGCACCGGAAGUCUCGCUGGGUUCAUCAAUCGCCUCCAGCUUGGAUCAAUCCCAUCAAUUUCAACACAUUCAACACGUGAAUUGCGUAUCUGACCUGAGUUUGAAUGACGACGGAGGUUUCGGUGCUUAUUUGAGCAAGGAGCAUAUGCCUGUACCGGCUAUGCAAGCACCAGUCCCGAAUCUCCUGAUGGAUGUGCCGGAAGUUCCGCUAGAGAAACGAUUUCGACAUUUUUAGAUCCAAAAAGAAUCAAACAGAGAAGAUAAGUUAUACUACCAUAGUCUCACCUGCCGCACACUCGGCGACUCGUGCCGGCAACGACCUCUUUUGGUUGAAUUUAUAUCUAUAUCUAUAUUUCUACUUAGAUGAUUUCUGUUGCGUUGCGCAGAGCUGCAAAAGUUUUCAUAUUAUUUCACUGAGAGACACACAGAUCAUUCACAUCUCAUUCAAUGUCAUCAAAAAGUCAUCCACACACAUUAUACUCACAUGAGAUAUCUAGACGAAGGUUUGCAAAGCUUUUAUGAUGAUGAUGUGUUGACUGUGACUAAACACGAGUGCAGAGAUGAGUCAACCGAUUUGAUUUCAAAUUCACGUGAGGAGAUAUUCCAAGCAAACGUGGAAUCAAUCCACUACAUUCCCUUGUUUUUUUUUUGUUGUAUUGUUGUGUGUAAACUGCACGUUGAACAUAACCGUAAACAUUUUCGAGCAUGCUGUGUGUGUGUGGUGUUGUGUUGGUUGCCUACGUUUGCAUGUUCAAUGAUUCAACCUUGUGAUCCAUGGAAAGUGUGUGGCAAAUUUUUGAUAGGAAUCUGCAAAAUUUUACGUAUGUUAAUAUAAUAUAUAUUACAUGUUUCUAUAUUGAUGUUUUAGCGACGAAUCAAAAUUUUUCAAACACUUGCGAGCACAAAACGUACCUGAUACUCGGCUGCUUGAUGUUUUUGUUGUGUGUGUUUUUUGACUGGACGCAAGACUUGUUGCUCAAACACUCGGAACGCAUUCAAUAUUCUAACCGAAAGCGAUAAUAAUACAAUAUCUACACGUAAUAUUUGUAAGUAAUGAUGAUGUUGAGACGUUGGAGGAAGAGAAAAAACGAGAAUGUAGUGUGUUUUUCGAAAUUUUUUAUCACUUUCGUUUGUCUGCAUAUAUUCAACAACGAUUAUUACUCAUAUAAACGAUGCAAACUGAUAUGGUAGGACGUUUAACGCGACACAUAUGCGACACACUAAUGAAUUUUCGACGCGUUGCACCGUUCUAACCACACUUUUACCUACACAAUGACGACAUAUCGACCGUCGAUGCAAGUUACUGCGAUUAGAGUUACAUUCUCACAUAACCUAUUACUUACACGACGUAUUCUAACACUUUGGUUCGACUUUCACACCAGUAUUAAGAAAUAAUAAAGGCGUAUGAUGAUUAAAA